AUGUCUGGCCCUUUAGACGACAUCACCAUUCCGACAAACCCGCCGCCAGAGCUCAAGUCUCGAUGCGCUGACUUUCUGAAACGAGCGGCGGAAACUCGCAAGGCGGAGCCUGUCAUCUCAUAUUGGUGCACCCUCGCUGCCGCUGAGUCCGCGCUCGAGCUGAAGGACCGGUCGAGCGAGGGCACAAAGUUCCUUCUCUCGUUGAUGGACACGCUGGAGGCGAUGAAAGCAGCUCUUGCCGACAACGAGGCCGUUACGAGCGCGGCUGCGGGCGCAGCGUAUGUCGAGAACUUUGCCCUGCGCGUGUUCAUGAACGCGGACAAUAUGGACCGAGCGGGGAAGUGGGACAAAGGUAGAGGUCGCCCCGCUUAUCUCUCUAUACGCCGGCACACUCAGGUCGCUUUGUUAGCUUGGACACUGUUGAGCCUACGAGCUGACGCCAGAUCGGUGAUCCGCGCAUUCCUCGCCGCGAGCCACUUCUUCGGCGUGCUCAAGAGCUGUAACGGUGGAGUCCUGCUGGAGGAGUACGCGCGAUGGAAGGCUGCGGACCUGGCGAAGGCGCUGCGAGAGGGCAGGGAGCCAGUGCAUGGACCUCCUGUUCCCGAGGAACCCCUCGUCGACCCCGACCUCCCCUCCGCGCCCAUCGAUGCGGCAGACGCAGCGGCUCUGGGUCUCCCCUCGGUGCCCUCCGAAGGCUCGCCGGGCCGGCGCGCCAAUGCGCCGCCUUCAGUCGAAAUCCCCCAGGACACUAGCGACACCGGCAACUGGUCCACGGUAGCGACACCAGGCGUCGACGGCCCGGAGUCCAGCCUCCCCUCGAUCCCCUCGCAUUCGCCCUCAGGUUCGCUCUCAACACCCGUUGUCUCGCCCCCCGUUCCACCAAAGGACCUCCCAUCCCCUCCCUCCAUGAACACGCGCAAGGCCUCAGCGGGCAGUACGGGCAGCACGGGCAGUGGGGAUGCCGGAACGCCGAAGCCAAGCAGCCCAAGGACAAGCAGUCCGAAGACGAGUCCGAAGAAGGACGCGAAGCCGCGCAGCAGCUCCAUGUCGCGAUCGCAAUCUGGUGGUUCUGAGAGGGAAAAGAAGAAUGUCCGCUUCAUGGGACCUGACGGCGCGCCGCUGUCCCCCGGCGGGGAGAUGGACGGGGACGAGAAGAGGUUUGACGAGCCGUCCGCCCCGCCGCCGAGCGAGGUUGGUGCCGCGCCGGCCGCGACGGCGCCGCCACAGUCGCCCCCGACGCCGACAUCGGCGCGGUCGCCCGUCAGGUCUCCGGCUAAGUCGCCUGUGAGCUCGCCACAGGCCCCCCCGCCCGCCAUACCCGGUGCCCUGGCGUCAAUGCCGCCGCCCUUCAACGGCAUGCCCGCCCCCUCGUCUCUCCCGGGCAUCGGCGCUGCGCCAAGCCUGGCUGCGGCCGGCGCGCUGGGCGGAACGGGCGUGCUGGGCGGCAGCUACACGCCUCCCCCGACGCACCCUGCCCCUUCCACACAUACUCACGCCCCCGCUCCUGCGCCUCCAGCUCCUUCUGCUCCUACUGCUCCUGCUCCCAUUUCAGCUCCCAUUUUAGCUCCAGCCCCAGUGCAGGCGUACUCGACAGGUCCCCCGCGCAAGUUGAACAGGAAAGAGACGGAGCAGGUACAGAAACAUGCGCGCUGGGCCAUCUCCGCGCUCGAGUUUGACGAUCCCGAGACGGCCAAGAAGGAGCUGAUCAAGGCGCUUGAGAUGCUCGGAUAG